CACCGAUACGCGUCUAAUCCCGGUCGCAACACCCUCCCGAGAUCAUCCCGGAAAUUACAUCGCGUCUCGAGCCCACCCCGUCUCGAUUGUCCCGACGUUGGUCGCCGGUCCGCCGCGUCGCGUCUCGUCCGGAGAACGAAGUCCACCUCUGUUCAGAGCGCUAUCCAUCAGCCAGUCCCUGGUCGACACUCUGUUCGACCGAUAUCUAUUUUAAGCCCUUUGAAAAGUGGACAAAGAAGGGACGCCAUUGCAUUGUUGGUCGCAACCACCUUUCAUCAACUCCGUCUCUUUGUCCCCUCCCACUUGACACCACUUGUCUGUGGAGAGGCGCUGCGGCGGAGCCCACUUCAUGGUCUGGUGGAAUAAUUAAUGGGCAAUCCGCUGCUGCAUGUCUGAUCUUGUCCUCUUCCUUCAUCCAUUUGACCUCGCUACUCCUGCGACUGACCGAUACGACCUCGGCCGGAGCUCCAGUUGCAAUCCGGAGUUCACUACCAUCAGCCCUCGUCACCCCCGCUCAAGCCAUACACCUUUGCUAUCCUAGUUUCAGAAGUCCCAAUCUCAGUCUUGAAUCCUACACCAUGCCUCCCAAGCGCGCGGCAGCCCGCCGUAAGGGCGCAACCCCAACUCGCCCCGAGGAACAGACUCCCGAAUCCUACUUCCGUGACAUGAACCCGGCCGCCAAACCCACGCUCCCCGACCUCCCCACCAAGCAUUCGUUCGCCUACGGUUCGACAUCGACCCCUCUGCUGCCACGCGAGCUACGGGCGCGACCUCGCAUGGGUCUAGCGGAAAUCGCUGAUGCCAUCGACGAGGGCAUCCAGAUGGCCCAGGAGCGUGAGGACGACCAGCACAACACCCGCUCCGCACGGAAACGGACAGCCUCGCCCGUUCGUCGGCGGGAACCCACCCCGGAUCAGGUGCAGCUGAUGGGCUCCCUGCAAGAUGCGAUGGACUCGCCUACCCCGACGCCGCCGGUGCCGCAUACCUUCUCCGAAGUGUCCACCCCGGCGUCGCAGGCAGCCAACAACCUCCACUAUCCGACCCCCAUGAUGCAGCUGGGAUCUACGGCACCGAACGACGCGGACCUGGAGAGCUCGUUGCAGGUGCACUUCGCCGACAAUGACUCCACUAUCUCCUGGGAUGUCGAGCGCGAGGUCCACGACGACGAUCUGCAGCGCGUCGGGCCGACCAAGAAAGGCCCGCAGGGUAAGAACAUCAGCGCGCCGCCCCGCCGGUUUUCGGGGCUCGCGUUCGUCAACGAGCCCAUCGCCGAGGAGGACGAGCCGCCCUCCAUGCUCUCGUCGUCCCCCUCCCCCCCACCGUCGCUCUCCAAAUCCAAAUCCCGCACCCCCGAGCCGGUCGUCGUCGAGUCGGUCAAACGCAAGAGUGUCUCGCCCGCCAGGCCUUCCACCAACCAUCGCGGAGUAUCAUGGCUGUUUGGAUAUUUGGUCCGGAUCGUGUGGGUCGUGGUGGUGGGCGUCGGGUCGAUCAGCGCGGCCGUGUCGUAUGGCGACGUCAUCGUGGACGUCGCCCGCGACCUCUUCCCCCUGGGCCGCACGAGCCCGUCCGCCUGCCCGAGUGGAACCAAACUGGCCGCCCUGAACAGUCUCAACAAUGAAGUAUUCAAGCUGGGCACGCAGGUGUCGUCGCUGUCGCGCGAGGUCAAGACCAUCAAGACCGAAGUGAAGAACAUCCCCGCGGCCACCACGGUCGUCGAGUCGGGGGGCCGCACAGCCCAAGCCCGCACCAACUUCCUCUCCCUCGGCAUGGGCGUCAUCAUCGACCCGCACAGAACAAGCCCAUCAUCUCGUAUCAAACAAUCAUACUACGAGAAGAUGUUCCCCGGCAGCAUGGCCCGCAAGCCCCAGCCGGCCCUGACGGCGUUGACGCCGUGGCAGGAUGUCGGCGAGUGCUGGUGCAGCAAGCCGCGCCGCGGGAUGUCGCAGCUGUCCGUCAUGCUCCAGCAGCGCAUCGUGCCCGAGGAGGUCGUCGUCGAACACAUCCCCAAGGGCGCCACGAUCCGGCCGGAGGUCGCCCCGCGCGACAUGGAGCUGUGGGUGCGGUUCGCCAUCGUCGACGGCGCGGCCAACACGCCCUGGCACCAGGGCCUGGCCCACCUCAGCCGCCAGUCUACGCCCCUCGUCCGCGAGGGCUUCUCCCUGCACGACACCGUCAUCGAGACCCUCAAGCUCGCCUACCCGGGCCAGCCCGAGUCGGCCUACUACGGCGACCCGCUCCUGGGCUUGUCGUUCUACCGCGUCGGCCAGUGGACGUACGACAUCAACCGCCCGCAUCAUGUGCAGACGUUUGACCUCGAUGCUGUCCUCGACAUGCCUUCUCUAAGGGUGGACCAUGUGGUGAUCCGGGCUAAGACGAAUUGGGGCGCGGAUGAUACUUGUUUGUAUCGGGUGAAGUUGCAUGGACAUUUGUAG